AUGGAUGAUUACCAAAUACAAAAUAUUUGUAGAUAUUCCAGGAAAACAUACAAGAAAAUCCGACGAGAUGAUUACAAUGUCGAUUCGCAGAGGCCCAAUAACGAUUUAAAUACAGACACCGCAGAUGUUUCUCCGAGAAGCGAUGGCGGAAAUGAAAUUAUUGUUACUGCAGAGUCUCCUCCUGGCUGUACUUGUGAUUUAGAGUCGGAAGGUGAAAUUGCUAAUAUAUUACACAAGAAAUGUCCUGUAAUUACAUUAGCGCAGCAACAACUUCAGCGCUUGUUAGAUGAAACAGACAAGUUACUCUGUGACAAUACAAGAUGCUGUAGGUCUAUUUAUGAUUUUUUACACUUAUGCUCAGAAUUAAUAUCCACAAAGAAUAAAUGUCGGUGUAUAUUGGUCUUUAUGCUAGCUAUGGUGUUUUUUGUCGGACUUGUUCUCGGUGCUGCUUCGUGCGGUUCCUACCACGGACAUUUCAACAGUCCCAUCAUUAGUUGCAUCGAUAACUUCUUCAUAAGCGACACUCAUUCCAACAUAGAAGAUACUUACCGGAUCGUUGUGUGAUGAUUGAUCAAUCUAUGUCACUCAUUCCAACAUAGAAGAUUCUUACCGGAUCGUUGUGUGAUGAUUGAUCAAUAUAAGUCACUCAUUCCAACAUAGAAGAUAUUUACCGGAUCGUUGUGUGAUGACUGAUUAUUAAAAGUAACUCAUUCCAACAUAGAAGAUAUUUACCGGAUCGACGUGUGAUGAUUGAUCAAUAUAAGUCACUCGUUCCAGCAUAGAA